AUUGAAUCAAGGUUAACUGCGCAACUGCUACCCCUAAAGGUCAGCUCCACCAAAUGAAAGAAUCAUCGUAGUGUUGAGAUAUGUCGUGAGCCUACUUCGUACGUCUUCUUUACUGACUGUUGUAAUAAGUAAACAUUUUAAAACUUGCCGUUAGUCAUCUGAUUUGUAAGCAAUGAUUUGAUAAAUAUUCGGUUGUCGGAAUUUACUUUCAUUCUUCAAACAAGUAAUAAAUCCGACCACUUGUUAUGCGUGAGGAAUUUUUACAUUGUGUUGAAUUACUGCGAACAGUGUGCUUAUACUAUUUUGUACUCCUGAGUCUUGUCUAAGACCAAUGAAUAACAAACGGCUCUGUGUCAAUAGAAAAUCCCAAAGCAAUUUAUCAUUGCUUCGUAGUUCUCCAGGUGGUAUCCUUUUCUCAAGUGUAGCCGGUGGUCCUCUGCAUGUUCAUUCUCCAGACAGAAAUUCUGAAAACUUUGCUGCAAAGUCUACUGAUGGUGAAUAUGGAAGGGUUGCCAAUCCUGUAUCUCUGUUUAAUAGUUUGUUAGACCCUAAUAUAGAGUUGCCAACCAUCAGUGUUCGCGAAGUUGAUGAAAUACUUAGCAGUUUAACAACUCCAAAUUCCUCCCCAGUCAAGACAGCAAGUGGUACUUCUGGCAUAAUCAAUGCCCAUCCCAAUUACUGUGAUACACGUGAUGGUUUGUGUCAUAAUGUUGCCCAGCACAACAAUAAGCAGUCAUUAGAGAAGAACUUAUUUGAUGGAGUGGAGUGCUCACCAAAUCCUGUGGAAACAAACAGUGUGAAAAAUGCAAACAUCACAGAACGAAACCUAAAUGGUAUUUCACAGAUUUGCAUUAAAAGUAAUGGCGCGGGUAGAAUAUCUACGUCAAGUACAUGUCGUAAUGCAGCUGAAAAUUUGUCUAGUAGCAAAUAUACUCUUGGAAAUUCUUUUUUGCGAAGUACGAGUUUUAUGUGUCCUGAGAGAAAGCGUCACACGGAUACUGACCUACGUACGAAUCAAGCUAACCGUAAAAAUAACACGAAAACUGUAUCUUUGCAGUCUAUGAUGGAUAUCCUACCAUUAUUUCCAUCUUGCCGAAGUGUAGCUGAAUUAGGUGCUUUGGCACUUGGGCCUGAAUCUGAAAAAACGACAGAUCAUAGUUUCCAUAAACAAAAAUCUCCUGUGUCAUUGCAUCCCAAAGCAUGUUCUGGUACCAACCUGUGCAAACCACCCUUUAAAAUGCAAAUUUCUAGUUCUUCUCGUGAUCGUUCUCCUAUUGGUAGUUUGGAUCUAGCUACUCAUAGUAGAUACCAAAAUGCAAGUGCUUCAAGUGUUCAAGAAGCGACUAAAUACCGACAGGCCUACCUUUCUGUACGCAAAGCGAAUCAAGCCAAGGUUUUGUCAAAAUCCACUACGACUGUACCAUCCUCCGUUCUUGAGAGCAAAAACCAAGACACACCGAAGAAUCAUCAUGUUUCCUACCAAACACCAAAUAAUGAUCAACUUACAGUCCAUUUAAAAGUUAUCCCACCAAAACUCUCGCCUUAUUCAACAAGUACAACUUCAGAUGAUCGUUUCAAGCAUAUUUGCCCUCAUCCAAGAUGUGGUCGUAGAUAUCAGGCUGAGAUAGGCCUUCUACGUCAUUUGGUUAAAUAUCAUGGGGAACAGAUUGAAUUACCUCGAAGAACUAGUUCUGCAGCCAAUCAACGCUUGGUUAGACGUCCAGCUUCAGAGGAAAGAACUAUUACUUCAGUUGGAUUUGAUGAAACUGAUGAAAUAGUGGAUAAAAAUUCUCCCUCUAAAUCAGAAAUGUGUAAAACCAAAAUACUCACAUCACUGCAUUCAAAGAAUGCAUUAGAGUCUAACCAAUCAGAAAUCAAGAUGAUGCCAUAUAACAACUCUCCUUCGUCUGUGUCGUUUGAAACAACAACAACUAAAGUCAAUGAGUACACUUCAACUGCUGACGCCUAUGAUAAGUUAAAAGAUAUUUCCUCUUUGUCAAAUAAUGGUAUUAUUACGACAAGGAUAUGUUCAACUACCACAGUUACUGCUCCACCAAAUCCUGCAAAUACAACGUCUGUUUCAAUUCCAUCAAUAGAUCUACACACAAAUGUAUGCUCAAACAGUUUCUCAAUCACAGUUGAUAUGGAUAAUUUAUCAUCAAAUUCAAAUGAAACUACACAUCCGAAUCAACAGAAAGGUGUUGAUGGUGAUGAUGAAAGUAAUAAACUACAAAUAUUCAAGCCAAUGAGAAAACAGCGUCGACUUCGAUCAAUCAGUGGAAGUCAUAGUGAUGUACCCAUGACUAAACAGUAUUCAUCAGCAUUUCCUAAUACUACUAACCAGACAAUAAUUAGUCAUUAUUAUUGUAAACAUCAAUCGUUAUUAAAUUCUUCAGACUUACUUGUCUAUUGUCCAACUGAGCAGUCUUCAUCGCCAGUAGUAUGUACAAGUACAAUGGUUAAUUCACAAAAACAGUGUACUGCAACUACUACCACGGAUAAUUGUCGUCGGCGUACUCUAAGCACUGGUAAUGAUCCUAGAGCAUCGAAUGUUGAUGUUGACGCCAAUGGUGGUGAUGGUGAAGUACACAAGCAGAAUGGGAUGGACGUGGGCAGUAAUAAAUGUCCAAGUUGUGGAUAUAUUAAUGUGAAAGGCAUGGAGAUGAAAGAACGUGAAUGGAUUAGUGGUAUACAUGCAUUAACUUGUUCAAAAACUGAUUCUGUCUGUUGUCCAGUUGAUAAGUGUGCAUAUGUUUGUUCUGGUCGAGCUGAUUUAUCUGCCCACUUGACAAGUGUUCAUUUUCCUGAAAUUCAACAUCAACUUGUCCGCUUAAUUUUUGCCUGUCCACUAAAAGAUUGUCAAACUAUAUGUCCUGAUGAGGCGUCGUUUCAAGCUCAUUUCACUGGCCAUUUACGUGGACAUCUUCCUGGUGAUUUGACGGAAUUAUUCAAUCCAUAUUCUCCGACUCAAUCACUGACUACAGUGCCAGGUGGAACAAUAACACCAACAGUAGUAGACACAACGCCCACUUUGUCAACAAUUCCACCAACAACAACAAGCACAACACCAAUCGUAGUGAACUCGACUCCUGUUGUUGUACAACCGAUAAUGGAUAAUUCGCCUGAGAUAUCACAGUUAUCAUCAUCAUCAUCAAGCAUAACAUAUAAUCCGUCGUCUAGUCUUCUCGCAAAGUAUUCUUCUAUUCAUCAAAAUAAUAAUAAUAAUAGUAUACUAUCUGGAUCUUCAACAAAUGAUAAUUUCCAUGUUGAAAUAAUGGAUGUUCAAUCUAGUUUAGGCGUUGGAGAUCAAUGUCAAACGUUGUCGAAUAACCCUCCGAGUAGAAUUAAUCCUCAUUCAGAGAUGGUUCAACCAUCAUCAUCAAUUGACAAUAAUCAACCGAUUGUUGUUGUUGCUGCUGCUGCUGCUGCCGGUGAUGUCUCCAAUUCAUCUAGUUGUUUCAACCAGUACAUUCAUCAACAACACCACCACGAACAACAACAACAACAGCAGCAGUUCAAUGGACUCCCGAAUUCACCAUCAUUAUUCUCUAAUGAUGAUGAUGAUGCGGCUUCUAUUAGCACACUGUCUGAAGCGUUUAAAUCAGACUCCCAUACUGUUGUUGUUGUUGGCGGUGAUGAUGAUAAUGUUGCUGUUGUUGUUGGGAAUAAUUUUUCAACUGUAUCAAAUAAUGAAACAGAUCAUGUGGAUUUAACAGAUAAUCGAAAUUUGUUAUCAGCACUUGAUCUAAUUCCUGAUGAUAUAUUGAUUGAAUUACUUAAAGAAGAUCGACCGAGUAUAUGGGGUGAUCCUGUUACCAAUAAUAAUACCAGCAACGUCAACAAUAACAGUGGAAGUGUGAAUGCCAUCAAUUCAUCUCUAUCAGCUCCUUAUCCGUGUUAUACAGAAUCUUCAUACCUACCGACACCGUUGGAGACGACGACGACAACAACAACAUCAAACAAUGAUAAUGAUGACGAUUGUGGUUCUAUUUGUUUAAAUUAUGAUGGUUAUUAUAAUACAUCAAGUGUACAUGAUUCCAGUGAAUGGAUUGAUUUUAAUCUAACCGGUUCAAUUUCUCCAUUGAAUGAAUCGUCUAUAUCAUUUGAUGAUAAUCUUCACAAUAAUAACAUUAAUAAAGAGGAUAGUUCAGCUUUAGUAUUAUCAUCAGAUGAUUCGUCUAGUUGGAUCCCAUCGAAUCUUGUUCAUCAUACCUGGUCAUCUGCUAUUGCUAAUGAAAAGGUAUCAAAUAAUUCAAUGAUUGACAAUUAUGAUCAUUAUAAUAACAAUAAUAAUGAUGAUGCCAGUAAUUGUAACAGUGUUAACUCUCACUAUCAUCCUCUUCGACGUCAUUUCAAUUGUCCACAUCGUGUUAUCUCUGAUUUGACCGCUGCACUUAUCCUACCAGAUGUGGAACGUCGUUUAAAAGCGGCUAUCUCAGUAGCACGGACUAGUAAAUCAAGUAGUAUCCCAUCGAAUUCAACUGUCUGCUCAUCGGUUAGUUCACAAAAUUCAUCAUCACGUAAUACUGUUGCUUCUGGUCGUGGUUGUGCUGGUGCCGCUUUUGGUUCAGUACGACAACAACAACAAUCAUGUUGUUCAGGGAAACGUAGACGUAAUGCUUCAGAAUCACCUCCACUUGUAUCGACGUAUGAAGCGACACCACCAACAACAACAGUACCAGUUAAUAAUGUUGAUUUAUGCCGAUCAUCAAAUUAUUGGAGAUGGAGUUACAACGAUAAUCAUCAAAUUAUUUCAUCAUCAAAUUCAAUAAAACAUCAACAUAAUGUGAAGACAAUUAUACGAGUGAGCAACGGAGAAGAAGAAGCAGUGGCGGAAGUCGGCGAAUCACACUUUCUGACAACUCAAUUCGAUCCAAACACUUCCAACUCAUCAAAAGUGAAUAGCACUCAUACGAAUAACAAUACUACUAAUGAUAGUAAAACAAUUUGUUUAACUACUGACGACAACGAAUCAACAUUUCAACGAAAUCAAUUAGACAGCAGAAGCUUUAACAACAAUCCAAUAAAGAUUAAUGUUGGUCAAGAACAACAACAACAUCAGCAGCAGCAGCAGCAGCAAAAGUUACCAAUUAAUAAUUCUCGUAAUACUAGAAGUCAUAGUAAUCAUAGACGACUUCCUUCAUUGUCUCAGCCAUCGAUUGAACCACGUAAACGUGUGAAAAAGUAUCAACAAGCCAGUAUGCCAACUUGUCAAGUUUAUUUCACUCCUUAUACUACUAAUACUAAUAGUCAUAGUAGUAUGAAUUCCACAGAGAAAUAUGUUAUCCCUAGACCGGUAUUACCUCGACGUCAUUCAAUGGCAUCGUAUAAUAAUAAUAAUAAUACUAAUAGUAAUAAUAAUUUUAUUCGUUCUGAUUGUUUUACGCAUUUACCUCAUUGAUUAUCAUCAGCAUCACCAGAAAGUCAUAUCUUUAUUAUUAUUAUUAUCAGUGUGUUAUUUAUUUUCGCAAUUCUCUGUUUUUGUGGGGUUUUUUUUGGCUUUUUCUUUGGGGGAUCGGCGGUUGGAGUUUAUUUUUUCCUGUCAUAUAUCGAGGACAAUUUAUUUUAUUUAUUUAUUUGACAAAUAUGGUGGGUGAUCUCUUUCAAUUGUUUAUUUUAUAUUAUCUCACUCAAGUUAUAUAUAUAUAUAUAUAUAUAU